AUGCACUCUGCCGCCAAGAAACGGGAAUUGAAGGAGUGGUGGGACAGCGAGAAGGGGAAACAAAAGGAGAUCGUGGCACACCAGAAAGAAGCCACGGAGCAGCUCUUAACAGUUAUGGAGCGCCAAGCGGACAUGCUCCAGCCCAGCAUUUCUUUCAAAAGCGGCGCCUGCCAGGCCGCUGCUGGGCUCCUGCAGGCAAGGGGGGGGCAGCAUGGUCGGACUCCGGAGGAGCCAUUUGGGGGGGCGGGGGGCGCGGCCGGAGGAGCGAAGCAGCCGGGCUCCUCGGCCAUCGUGCCUCACGCUCAGCGCUGCCGCCUCCUGCGGCGGCUCAGGGGUGGCCAUCAGGAGAAGGUGGAUGAUUUUGGUGACAAUCAGAAAACGAUGAUGGGGGAAAUAGGGGACAAUCCUGAGUGGGCAGAGCACCAGUCCCUGACCCAGAGCAACAGGAGCUUUGCUGCUGACAUCCAGGUGUCCGACGGGGAGCUGCAGAGAAUCCACACAGGAGAGAGACCGUAUAAAUGCCUUGAGUGUGGGAAAAAUUUCAUUCGUCACUCAAACCUCACUAAACAUAGGAGAAUCCACACAGGCGACAAACCCUACGAAUGCAACGACUGUGGGAAAAGUUUCAUUGAGAGAACAAAACUUACUAGACAUCAGGCAGUCCACACAGGAGAGAAACCCCAUAAAUGCUUAGACUGUGGGAAAACUUUCAGUCAGAACUCAAAUCUUAUUACACAUCAGCGAACCCACACAGGAGAGAGACCUAAUAUAUGCCUUGAGUGUGGGAAAAGUUUUAAGCACAGUUCAUCCCUAAUUAAUCAUAAGAGAAUCCACACAGGAGAGAGACCCUAUAAAUGCCUUGAGUGUGGGAAAAGUUUUAUGGAAAGUUCAUCCCUUACUAAACAUGGGAGAAUCCACACAGGAGAAAGACCCCAUAAAUGCCUCGAGUGUGGGAAAGGUUUUAUAGAAAGUUCAUCCCUUACUAAACAUGGGAGAAUCCACACAGGAGAAAGACCUUAUAAAUGCCUUGAGUGUGGGAAAAGUUUCAGUUUGAAAUCAACCCUUAAUUCACAUCAGAAAACCCACACAGAAGAGAAACCCCAUAAAUGCUUGGACUGUGGGAACACUUUUGCUAGGCACUCAUCCCUUAUUAAACAUGGAAGAAUCCACGUGGGAGAGAGACCUUAUAAAUGCUUUGAUGGUGGGAAAAGCUUCAGUAAGAGCUCCGAGCUCACCAAACAUCAGAAAAUCUACAAGGGUGAGAGAUCCUAG